UAGAAUCUUACAAGAAGUCAUACAAGAUCCUAAUUGUGCAUUUCCGUGGCCACCAGCAGGGAAGUAUUAUGCGGUGGACGCAGCUUACCAGAAUAUGACAGGAUUUAUGGCUCCAUUUAAAGGUGCACGGGGAACCGCGCAAGAGCGGGCAGUGAGGAUACUUUUCAACAAACGUCAUGCAUCGUUAAGAAACAUUAUAGAACGUACGUUUGGCGUCUUGAAGAAACGAUUUCCAAUACUUAAGGGCCCUAUGCAGAAUUACAUGAUGGCUACGCAAAAUAAUAUUGUCCUGGCUUGUAUGGCCUUGCACAACUUCAUGCGCGAGUAUGUUCCAAAUGAUGCAUAUUUUGCCGAAGAAGAAGCAGAUAUAGCAUUGGCAGAUAACAUAAACCCCUUCAACCCAAUGCCAGCAGCACAAGGACCAGAUAUGUCGGCUGCAGGAAUUGCUGAAUGGAAUGAAAGUAGGAGAGCAAUAGCCGAUAUGAUGUACUAUUAUCAGCACCAGUAGAACAUCUCCUGUCAUUAUUUGUUCAGAUAGUAGGCCCAAUAAAUUGUACAC